AUGGAUGCGCUUACCCUCAACUCCAAAUCAACUAAAUCAGGCAGAGACAAACCGAAGCUUUAUAUACACGCUGAGGAGAUACGGGAUGGAAAAGGUUUAAAGGCUUGUGUGUUUUGCGAUAAAACAAACCAUGAGAUUGCAAACUGCAAGCAAUUCAAGGCGCUCGAUAUCGAUGAUAGAUGGAAGACCGUUAAGCAGAAACAGCUGUGCAGAAGCUGUUUAGUGCCACAUCGGAAAUGGCCAUGUCGUACUAAAACGGAGUACGGUGUUAAUGGUUGCCGAAUACAUCAUCACAAACUUCUGCAUUCUGAGAACUUUUCCAGUAACGGCUUCUGUCUAAGUUGGACUGGAAAUAUUACCAGAGAGGAAAAGGAGUCGCAGCGUAUCAGCGUAGUAAUUCACGGAAAUGGAAAGAAGUUCAAGCUUCAUAACGUGAGAACAGUACAGAAUUUGCACUUACCGGCACAAACGUUGGACUACGAAGAACUGUCCUAUACUUUUCCUCAUCUGAAAGGCCUUCCUAUCCAGAGCUAUACCAACGCAGUUCCUGGGGUAAUCAUCGGAAUCGAGCAUAUCCGGCUAUUGACAGCGCUGCGAACGAGAGAGGGUAAUAACAACGAGCCAGUGGCGACUAAAACUCGCCUGGGAUGGUGUAUCUUCGGGAAGAGUUCCCAGAACAGUAACGUUAUGGAGCAGUUGAAUGUACACAUAGACGACGGUAUGUCAAAUCGUGAUCUGCAUCAGUGGAUAAAACAAUUUUUCGCCGUUGAAGAGUCAAGCGUGACAGUAAAGCCGGAGGCUGACGAGGACAAACGAGCACGUCAAAUCAUGGAAACCACCACUCAGCGGGUCAACGGUGCGUUCGAGACGGGAUUGCUAUGGAAAUACGAUCACAUCUGUUUUCCUGACAGCUACCCGAUGACACUACGGCGCAUGAAAGCGUUGGAGAGGCGGUUAAGUAAAGAACCGGCUCUUGCAUCAAGAGUGAUGGAACAGAUUUCGGAGUACGAAAUGAAAGGGUACGCCUAUCGUUUCACUCCGGAAGAACUUCAAUCUACGCAAGCGAGUAGGGUCUGUUAUCUACCACUAGGCUUAGUGCAGAGUCCCAAGAAACCGGACAAACUGCGACUGAUCUGGGACGCCAAGGCUCGUGUAGGCGGUGUGUCGCUGAACGAUAUGUUAUUAAAAGGUCCUGAUCUCUUGGUGGAACUAAUUUCGGUACUGUUGCGUUUCCGACAGGGAGACAUUGCAGUGGUAGGCGACAUAAAAGAAAUGUUCCAUCAGAUCAGUGUUCGGAACGAAGACAAGCAGUCACAGAGAUUCGUUUUUCGUAUGCAGCCUGAGUUAGAACCCCAAAUCUUCGUCAUGGACGUAUGCACCUUUGGAGCUACCUGUUCACCGAGUCUUGCGCAGUUCGUCAAGAACAAGAAUGCAAUGGAGUUUGCCGAAAUCUUCCCAAGGGCGGCAAGGGCCAUCAGGCAUAACCACUACGUGGACGAUUUUUUGGACAGUAUAGACACCGUAGAAGAAGCUAUUCGACUAGUCAAAGAGGUGAAAUAUAUUCAUGGACAGGCGGGAUUCGAGAUCCGUAACUUCAGCUCAAAUUCGGACGAAGUUCUAACGGGUAUCGGUGAAACAGUUGAGCGACAGCAAGUAUCUAUGAACCUGGAUAAACUCUAUACAGAACGCGUGUUGGGCCUGAUCUGGAUACCGAAGGAAGAUGUCUUCACAUUCGAUUUGAGCAACAUGAAGGAGGAAAUCAAAGCAUUAGUUGAAAGCGAAACAAAUAUGGAGAAGUGGAACGGAUUGGGAUGA